UUGCGUAAAGGCAGGUUGUCUUCCCAGUCCAAAGAUGGCAGUAUCGUACACAUUAAGAUCAGCGUUCCUUGCCUUGCAUAGCAGAUUUGUGACUUUGUUGAGAAGGUUUAAACGGCUCUUUUGCUUACGGUAGUUCAUUAAUAUGUUGUAUUUCUCAAUAUUUAUCAAAUCUGAGAAAUAAAAAGAAGGGAAGGCGAAGAAGAACAGUUUGUCUUUUACCAGCCACGGUACAGCUUAAAUACCGGCUGUUUACAUUUUAGCAGUUUAUUUUUAGAAGGUAAUAAUUCGGCCAUUAAAUCAAGAAGAUGAUGUUGUUCAGAUUCGGUGUCAUACUGACUCCGGAAUGCGAGGACAUAGAAGUGUUCGUGCUGGGUUCGAGGCCAGAGAUGGGCGAGUGGGAUCCUAAUAAGGCAGUGCCAAUGAAACCCGCGCAGACUGUUCUGUCAACAUGCGAACCUUUUUUCUGGAUGGGAGAGAUUCUCCUGGAGGAGCCCUUCAAGGACACGUUCUGGUUUAAAUACAUUAAACGAGUCGGCGGCAACUUCAUAUGGGAAGGCAAUGGUCCACACCAUGAUAGAUGUUGUGUAUUCAAUGAGAGCAACGUGGUGGAUGGUGUCUACUGUCACCCACCAGGUCACUGGAUCGAAACUUCUGGGUAUACCAAUGAAAUGAAGCACACCACUGAUUUCUAUUUCCACAUUGCAGACCACCAGUCCAUGCAUUACUCACGGAUUCUGCCAAGGAUUUGGCUAGGAAGUUGCCCACGUCAGCUAGAACACGUGACGGUAAAAAUGAAGCACGAACUUGGAGUGACUGCAGUGAUGAACUUCCAGACUGAAUGGGAUGUGGUCCAGAACUCCUCGGGGUGCAGACGUAAGAAAUCUGAAGCCAUGACCCCAGACACCAUGAUGGAACUGUACAGAGAUUAUGGGUUGGUAUAUGUGUGGAUUCCAACCCCAGAUAUGAGCACUGAAGGUAGGACCCGGAUGCUCCCCCAGGCUGUCUUCCUCCUCCACGGUCUCUUGGAGAAUGGACACACAGUCUAUGUCCACUGCAAUGCUGGGGUGGGCAGGUCCACGGCGGCAGUGUGUGGGUACCUCAUGUACAUCGCAGGGUGGAGUCUGAGGAAAGUGCAGUACUAUGUGACGGCAAAAAGAGCGGCAGUCUACAUUGACGAGGAAGCUCUCGUUCGUGCCCAGGAAGACUUCUACCAGAAGUUUGGACAUCUUCGCUCAUCCAUUGGCUUUAGUCCUCAAAGUUGAAUGCACAUUUUACUGUAGUUACACAGAAUCUAGUUGCACCUUACUGCUGUCUUUGUAAUGGUUUCAGCUUCUCUCUAGAGCUACUGUAAUUACAUUGUAGUAGGCUGUAAAUCAAUUAAUAUUUGUUUUAAUCUAGCCUCUUACGUUUUUGAGGUUAGUAUUUGUAUAGUUGUUUGAAACCUACCUUUUUUAGGUCUUUAGUCAUUUGUGUCAUCAGGACACCAGUAAUGUUCACAGGGCCAUAAAUGAUGAAGUUUUGCAAGCAGAACUAUUAGACUAGUUUUGACAGAUUUAUUCCCAAGUUAAGUAAGGCUGGUAACACAUACUACCUCACAAACGUAAAUACAAAAAUAGUCUCAUUGAAACUUGAACCUAAUAAUGUCAUGCUAGCAUGCUUAAAUUGGCAUUCUAACAAGACAAUCACCAUACAAGCUCUAGUAUUAUUAUGUCAUAUAGAAUAGAUUCUAAAAUUAAAUGCCAAUGUUUUAGCAUUCAGUGUAGGGAAAAAAUAAAAAGAGUAAUAUAAAGUUAAAUAGAUGAAGAAAUGAAUGAGCUGCAAUCAACAGCAGAUGGAAAAGUGAGAUAUACAGUAUUAUUUAUAUUCAUUUUCAUUUUUGUUUGGUAAUCCCAUAAGUAUUCUGUAUGUUAAAUACUUUUGAUUUGAAAGUUUCCAAAUUAUAGAAUAAACAUAGCAAAUAUAA